AUGUCUGCCCCCGUCAAGAACGAAGAGCUCCUCCGGGCACUCCUCCAAACCGUAGAAACCUCCAUCGUGCCCCUGACAGCCCAGGCCGUCACCAACGGCUGCAAGCUCUUCGGCGCCGCCAUCCUCGACCGCCGCACCCUCAAGCCACUCUCUGUCGCCACCAACAACGAGCGCGCCUCGCCCCUGCUCCACGGCGAGAUCAACUGCAUCCAGCAGUUCUACACCGUGGACUACCCCGACCCGGCCAGUCGCCCCAGCCCCAAGGACGACUGCAUCUUCUUCGCCACGCACGAGCCCUGCAGCCUGUGCCUGAGCGGCAUCACGUGGUCCGGCUUCCGGGAGUUCUACUACCUCUUCACCUACGAGGACAGCCGGGACCUGUUCGCGAUCCCCUACGACAUCGACAUCCUGCAGGAGGUCUUCCGUGUCCAGGGCAGCGAGACGGACGAGCAGGUCCGGGCGCGUCCGCUCUACAAUCGCGACAACAAAUUCUUCAGGGCGAGGUCUGUCGCUGAACUCAUCGACACUGUCACAGACGCGGAAGCCAAGGCUGCCCUGCUGUCAGAAUUCGAAAGAGUGAAGAAGCUGUACAAUGGACUCAGUGAAACGUAUCAGAACGGUAAAUCCAAGGGUACUGAGAGUUCAAGUGUAUGGAAAUAG